AUGGAAAUAUUAAAGAAUUGUAAAAUAUAUCCACUUUCUAAGUUUUAUAAACCAAAUUAUCAAUAUUAUCAAUUACCACCCGGUAUUAAACCUAAUGAGAAUCUUGAUACUAGUAAAAUAUCGAAAUUACAUCUAAUAGAAUAUGGCUUCGAAAUCACUCCUUUGAAACGAUCGUUAUUAACAACAAUGUUAAUGAUGGAAGAUGUUGGAAACGUUUUAAUUAUUGAUAUAGUAUCUAUUUGGUUAGGCACUAUUGAAAUGAUGAAUAUGAAGCAAAAGAAGAAAAUCAAUUAUUUAAAUUGUAUCAGUAAUAUUAAAGAAUUAAAUAAUUUUUUGUCACAAUUGAUUGAAACACCAAUUGUAGCAUUAAGACGAUGUCAGCAAUUUGAAAAUGUUGAUGAAGUAAUACAAAGAAGAUUAGAUGGUAUAUUUAUUGAUAAUGUUUCAUACUUACAAGAUUUUAAUGAAGAUCAAAAGGGUAAUUCUCAAAUGUACGAUGAAUUGAAUAAGAUGAUAAGAAAAGUUAGAGAAGUGUUUGGUUGUUGGGUAGUCAGUAUUAGUUAUGGAAAUGAAUAUUAUGAGGGAGUCGAAGGUUGUUUGAAUGUCAAGAGCCAUUCUAUAAGUGGAGUGCCAAUAAGUUUUUUAAAUGGAAUGGAUAUGAUAGUUUUAAGAGAGAGUGAAGGUAUGGGUAGAGUUAUUCGAAGUUAA